AUGAAGUUAAGUGUGGAGAUAAUAACGGGGACAUUUAUAGAUACGGUGGUGAGUGAGAAUGCGACGGUGAAACAAUUGAAGGAGAAGAUCUCGACGGAGGUGAAACUACCGGUGAGAAGAUUGAUACUUGUGUUCGGAAAUGAAGAGGAGAGAAGAAUGUUGAUGGAUGAUGAAGAUGAAAUAAUGUUGAGAGAUUUGGGAAUGAGAGAAGAUUCUCAUAUGUAUUUGUUCAUUAAGAAUCUUGAUUUGGUUUCUAUGGAAGAGAGAUCUCUAGAAGGAGAUGAUGUUUCUAUGGAGGAGAUUUCUUCGGAAGCAGAGAGUCGAAGAAGAGAAAAUGAAGAAGACGAAAAGGUGAAAAUCGACGGUGAAGAUGAAGAUAAACAGAUGAAGAAUGAAGAAGAAGAAGAGAAGGAGAAAGAUAGAGAAGACACAAAGGAUGAUGAUAAUGCUGAAGAGGAAGCAAGAGAGGUUGAAGAAUUAGGAGAUGAGAAAGAGGAAACCUAG